GCCAGGAUCCGCCCCUCAUCUCCGCCCCCCUCCCCCUGCCCUGCUGGAAGUAUGUGGUUCCUGCUCCCCGACCGGGAGUGCCCUCUCGCUGGCCUGAGCACUGGCUUGAUCCAGCCGGUGCCCGGGCGCGAUGAUGCCCGCGGUCUGUUGAUCGAUGGCACACGCGACCUGGUCCUUGGCCGAGCACACAUCGACUCGGAUGCCCUGAGUGAUGGCACCCUCCAGGGCCUGCUGCAAAAUGUCAGCCGCAGCCAGGUGGCCAUUGCCCUCGCGACUGAUGGGUCAGGCAUGACCGUCCGACAGCUAGGCCGCAACGCGGCCCUCCUGCGCCGGGCCGACUGGACUUGCGAGCUGCUGAAUCUCGGCGAAACAUCCCUCCUGCGCGACGGGGACACCCUGUGCCUGAUCGCCUCCAAGCCGACCGAGGGACACUUCCUCUUCCGAGCGGCACGCAUUCCGACGGGGGGGUUGCUGUCCGACACAGCCGAGCGUGCAUCGCCAGCCCCCGUGGCCUCGGUGGACACAUCUAUCGACCCCCCGACACUGACGACCACCAGCGAGCCCUCCACCUCCGCCACCUCCUCUUUGGCGGCGGCCGCUGCGCCCAUGCCCCGGGGCGACUUCCCCAAUCCCAUGCCCGAUCCCAGCGCCUGGUGGCAGCAUGUGGCGGCAGGCGACUUCCCCUCGAGGGCCACAGCUCAACAUGCGCUCCGCCUAGCACCCACCAGUUGGUGGGAGCGCAUCACCUGGCACGGGCUGCCAGGCGAUGCACGCGAAGUCCACAUCGUCACCCCGCCAGUGGGCCUGGCACAUGGUGGCUUUUCCGUUGUGUCAUCCGCUCGCGCCCUGGCAACUGCCAUCACCGCCCUGCCCCCGACCUCUGUCCCAACUGCCAUCAUGUUCCACAUUUUCCUGUCGCCAGGACUCGACGCGGCCGGGACCAGCCUUGAUGCCGCUGAGUGCACCCGUCUCAUGGAAUGUUGCCAGGGCGAGCAGCUAGGGAGCUCGUGUGUUUUGUCGCGCGCUUUCCUGUGCCACCUGGCUGUGGCUCUUGCAAGCCGCCUCGAUGACAGCACUGGCUCCAGCCGGCCGCGCAUCGGUAUCUCCUUCUCCACUUCGCCAGACAGCCCGCGCCCGAUUCGGGGUGCCGGCUCGUCUGGCACGCGCGACCUCAACAUUGCCCAAUAUGCCCUGCGUGUACGAGCCCUGCUGGCUCUACGUGACAACGCCCAAUCCAGCCGCCACGGGACACCUGUCUUCCUUGCAGCUGAGGCCACUUGGUUGAUGGCCAGUGUUUGCCCAUCCAUCACUCGUCGAGCUCCAGGAGCUGUGCAACGUGCGCAGCAGGCCCUGGCUGCGCGACUUCCUGAAGCAGCGGCCCCGGAUGACGUGCCCCCAGUGGUGACCGUCGCCCUGAGCCCGCAUGAGCGUCUUGCCAGCCUUGGCGGCCUAUCUCACCUGUUGCUGAUCAUCGCACCGAAUCGAAGCAAUGCCUCCACUUGGCCGCACUGUGCCGGCCUGCCAGAGGGAUCGGUCUCGCAUUCGGCCUCCGCCCACGGCAGCGCCGAGGAGGCGGCCCACAAAAGGCUUCGAGAUUGUUACACUGGCAUAAUCACGGAAUCCGUCACGUGUACCACGGAAUAAAUAUCAUUCCAACAGAAA